AUGGGCUCUACGAUCCUAGAACUACGCCAUGGCGAACAGGUCGUGUCAGGGAUUGAUGUUCGACACGAGGCACGUCUACCGUUCAGAAACACGUCUCUUUCUCAUGUGGCGUACGUGAACUCAGAGAGAAUCCCAUGGUUCCUCAUCUCACAGGGCCCGUUUCCAGUUUACUCCAGUGACGAGACGACUACGGGGUACUUUAAGGAGAAACUUGCUCGGGAAGCGUUAGAUAGACCUUAUAUUGGCAUACUAUCGAAAUCUCAGGACCCACAAACAUACGUGGUGUUCUUUAUUCAGGGUAACGGCGUUCGCUGUUUUUGCAUUGAUUUCACCACAUUGGACAGACUUUCCACGGCAUCGAGGAACUUUGAAGCAGGUACAGACGACAACGUGUACUAUUCUGCUCUUCCUACACGUUCAGAUACUACGAUUUUUGACCGUGUGUUGGAGAACAAGUCAUCCAAGCGCAACCAGUAUGUUGCACCUAAGAACCCAAGUUCUACGCCGCUUUCAGUCACGCCGCUCAAUGGCGACCAGAUAUCCAAUGCGGUGAACAAAAUGACGCUCUCUGGACUUCGUCUUCGAGGCCUCAACCCGUCGCUGAGCUCAAAAGACAGAAUAGCCAUUAAGGAAUUGUACCAUAUGACGCGUAAACUGGCCUUGUUCGCUCUACGAAAGUUUAACUAUGGGUUCAACGGCUCUUCGGGCCAGGAAGUACGUCUUAGUGACGUCCAGGACGUGGUCGAACGGCUCCUACAAGCAUACGCUGACGUCGACCAACCAGCAUAA